CUCUAGAAGAAACCCAAGCAAUUUCUUGGUUGAUAAGCCAAACAAAGCCCUAUUAAUUCAAAGCACAAAAAUCUGAUCGGACUUCAAGGAAGAGUUUUUGAGAGCAAUGAUUCCGGCUUAUAGAUAGACUUUUUCCUAUUUUUUUCUUUUGAUAUUUCUUGCAAAGAUCCAACUGCCUCUAGUCAGUUUGUAUCUUUUGGGCUGCCCCUUUUGGUCGCUCAAUUCUGUUGGGAUUUUUCUUCUGAUGCCAUGGAGUCUACUAUGGUGAUUAAGGUUAGGUAUGGAGAUAUGCUGAGACGCUUCAGUGUAAAAGUAGAUGAAAACAAUAGAUUGGAUCUUGACAUCAACGGUUUGAGAUCAAAAGUAGUUGAUCUCUUCAGCUUCUCUUCUGAUACUGAUUUUAUAUUGACUUACGUUGAUGACGAUGGUGAUGUUGUCACCCUCGUUAAUGGUGAUGAUCUGGAUGAAAUGAUGAGCCAACACUUGAGUUUCUUGAAAAUUAAUGUGCAUUUGAGAAAUAAGGAAAAAGGCCAAUCUCAUAAUAAAUCAGAUGGAAGUUCUACCCGAAUGACACCCGAAAGUUCAUUUCAAAAUGUUUUUCCUGGUAUCUCCGAGGUUUUGAAAUCUAUGCCAGAGCCCUUGCCAGAAUUUUGUUCACAGCUCCUCCUUGACAUUGCUUCAAAAGCUGUUGCUAGUCCCGUGCUUUCUGAGCUUGCUCAAAGCUUUAUUCGGUUGGGAAACCAAAACUCACACUCAAGUUCUCGGACCUCAUCUGUUCCAGAGGUGAGCACACAGAAUGUGGCCACUGAGUGUCCAACACCACCCCUAGGCGCAGAUUCAAGAGCUUCAAAGAAUGAUGACUUUCACCAAGAAACUGGGUCAAAAUUUCAAUGCAGUGGUUUUUCUACUAAAAAUAGGAAGAUAAUUAACAGUGAGAAUGUGACAAAGAACACUGGUGAGCCUAUUGCUUCUGGACUUUCCAUUGGGAAACCAGCUAUUGCUGCUCGUUCCAGCAGCUCUUUUGAUGGAAAGGAAAAGGAAAAACGCAGUGAUGCAUUUCUUAAGCUUGGUAACUCACAUUGUUCACCUGCAACUUCUGUUGAUCGUAGGUUUAUUAAUGAGUGCCCUUUCAGUGGAAUACCUUGGGCUCCUCAACCAUAUUCGAGAACUGCAGGUAUAGAGCCAGUAAGUAGCAGCAGUGGUAACACUGAAUCUGCAGGAAGUAUGUUCCAUAAAGGUCCAAUAGUUAACAGCAGUGACUAUGUUGGAUCUGUGGGAAAUAUGUUCCAUAAAGGUGUUAUUUGUGAUGGCUGUGGAGCCCGUCCAAUUACUGGUCCGCGUUUCAAGUCCCGAGUGAAAGAUAAUUAUGAUCUCUGUAGCAUCUGCUUUGCUAAAAUGGGUAACGAGGCUGACUACAUUAGGAUCGAUCGACCUGUCUCUUGCCGCUAUCCAAGAAUGAAAGCAUUCAACCAUAGAGUAUGCAAUUUUGAUGAUACAGCUUCUAAUGCAUCCUUUGUUUGUCAUAACAAUUUGAUUUUGGUUUCAACGUCCUUUCUCUCAUUGCAGUUUCCAUUGUCUGGCCCUCGAAUAAUCGAUCCUUUGAGAAGUUCUGUAAAGCAGACCAAGCUUGAUAGUCACUUUGUAGCUGAUGUUAAUGUAUUUGAUGGCACUGUGAUGACUCCACGUACCCCAUUUACCAAGAUAUGGCGACUGCUUAAUAGUGGGACUUCGAAUUGGCCCCAUGGUUCACAGCUAGUGUGGACUGGAGGACACAAGUUCAGCCAUUCAUUAUCUGUUGAAAUCGAGGUUCCUGAGGACGGACUUCCUCCGGGUCAGGAAAUUGAAAUUGCAGUUGACUUUACUACCCCUCCAUUUUGUGGUCAAUACACCUCGUACUGGAGUAUGGCAUCUCCAUCUGGCCACAAAUUUGGGCAACGUGUUUGGGUUCUUAUUCAGGUUGAUGAAGUACUUGGGAUACCAGAUUCCAAUUAUUCCCAAGCUUUGGACUUAAAUUUACCCCCCAUACCCAUAAAUCCUUCCCAAGAGGGUGUAGAAAAGAAUUCAAAGACUCCUGCAGUUUCUGAUGGUGUACUUUUCCCCCGUGAUUCCAUCCCCAUCUUCGAACAAGUAAAACCUGAUCAUAGUCUGUCUCACCCGGAUCUACAAUUCCUCGUAGAUGAGGGUAUUCUAGUUGUUGAAGGCCCUGCUGCUACUUCUUCUAAGGAUGAUAAUUUGGGUUCGUCCUGCUCUGCUGUCGACUGUCAUGGAGUUCUACCAAGUUCAACCAAUGUUCCCUCUAAGUCAUGCCCUUUUAUUGAUUUUCCUGCACCAACUCCUCCUGCAAACCCAUUUCCAACACCAUCCCCCAAGCUUUCUCCCGCAUCAUCCGAACAUGUCAUUGCCAAUAAUGCCAAUAAUGGCAAUAACGGCAAUAACGGCAAUAACUUGGUUGAAGAAACUCUUCUUAAAACACUCGAGGAUAUGGGAUUCAAACAGGUUGAUCUAAACAAGGAAGUACUAAAGAGGAACGAGUAUGAUCUAGGAAAGUCAGUGGAUGAACUCUGCGGAGUUGCUGAAUGGGAUCCGAUCCUUGAUGAGUUGGAGGAAAUGGGAUUCAACGACAAGGAAAUGAACAAAAGACUUCUGAUGAAGAACAAUGGCAGCAUGAAGCAAGUAGUGAUGGAACUUCUUUAUGGGGAGAAGGCUUAGUUGAAGAAAGGGCCCUCAAAAGUCAAAACUAUGGAUUAGAAUGUGAAUAUAUAUUGCAAACUAAAUAAAUCUAUGGAUAUGACACUGUUGUGUUGGCUCUGUUAACUAGGGAUGAGUUUCAUGUUUUGUUGGAGUGGUCUUUUGAGUCAUUUCUAGUUUCUGUUUAAUCUGUCUUUUCUCUUUGCAAAGGUACAUACAUUCCUCUUCUAACUUUUGUUCUAUUCAGUUAAUAUAUAUUGAAAACCUUUCUGUUUAACUAUAAA